AUGUAUCGCACUGGGCUGACGCGCGCUGUGAUGUUAGAGGGCGGCCGCGGCGCGCGCCGCAAGCGCUCCGGGCCUGCGACCACUACCUUCCAGCGCUCGCACGAGGUGUGCUCCACCAGCCUCGUCUCCAUAUCUAGCUCGGAAGGAUCUUCAUGGUCUCCCGGGAUGCGUGGAUCGGGUUCAUCGGAUGGAGGUGGUUUGUCGGAUUUCAUCGACGGGCUAGGGCCCGGUCAACUAGUGGGAAGACAACUCCUUGGGGCACCAACUCUUGGCGAUGUACAACUCUCCAUGUGUUAUCAGAAAGGCUUCUUGGAAGUGGAAGUGAUUCGUGCUCGCGGUCUUCAGGCCCGCCAAGGCAGCCGCACUCUUCCGGCGCCUUACGUCAAAGUUUACCUCGUCAGCGGCAAACGAUGCAUCGCUAAGGCUAAAACGAGUACAGCGCGGCGGACACUCGAUCCACUAUAUCAGCAAACUCUUACUUUCAGGGAAAAUUUUAAAGGGUGCAUAUUGCAAGUGACGGUAUGGGGCGAUUAUGGUCGAAUUGAAGGGAAGAAAGUGUUCAUGGGCGUUGCGCAGAUUAUGCUAGAUGACCUUAAUCUUUCCAACAUCGUCAUUGGAUGGUACAAACUCUUCGGAACCACUUCAUUGGUAAAUAAUAUUGUAUUAUACAAUAUCCGUAUUUGGUUGAAAUACUCUGUUUAA